UCAGUUACUGUUGACGAUUCGAGCAGUUACGAUGUUCUGAAAAAAAAAACGUUCUUUCGUUCUCUCUAUCAACUCACACUCUGAGUAUCGUUUUCUUCGAUCCCGACAAAUUCACCAGUAAAGUGUGUGUAUGUGUAUCGUGUGCUCCAAUCAUCUAUUUGAAUAUUAUUAUUAUUUUUUUCAACAGCCGUUGAAUUUUCUCUGUCGACUUUUUGCUUGAAAAUUAUUAAUUGUGAAUUAUUCAGAAGAGAAAAGGAACAGAAAAUUUGAAGAAAAAAAAAACAUUUCCAGUGAAAAACUAAUUUUUUUUUUGAAUUGUCUCAUCGUCGUGUGAUACUGUGAGUCAUUCAGCAAACAGACAACAAACGGACAAUUCACAUGAUUUCAAGGGAUUUUCUCUCAUUCAGUGAAAAAAAAGUAUAAACAAUCAAUUUCAAACGAAAUUCAACGGUCGAAAGUUUUUGCGAGAAGAAAGCAAAAAUUAUCAACGAAACGAAAGGAAAACCAAUCAAUUCAUCUUUACGCUGUAAACAUUGAUAAAAUCAAUCUAGGAGAGGCUUAAAGACGGAUACAUUAUAAAGACAAUUGGCAGAUAGACGACACGGUCAGUUAAGGAUACACAGGAAAAACUGCGGUGGUCGAAGGAACGAUCAAGUCUGUGUAUAUGUAUGUGAAUGGGUGUUUGUAUGCAUACACCGAUGCUGAAGUUGACCGAUUGGAAUGAAUGUCAAUACAAAUAGCGGUGCAAACAUCAAAACACAAGCAAAAAGUUUCCGCUUAGCAGAGUAACCACAUUGAAACGAUACAAAGUAGCGAGAGCAGAGCGAAGAUUGGAGGAAAAACAGAAGGAAAGGGAACGCCUGAGUAAAGAGGACAUUAAAUAAAUACUCAACACAAUGUCAAGCAAUCGCACAUCGAUUCCCGAUAGCACGUCGCACCGGCAAUUGCACGAUGAACCAGAUAAACAACACAGUCAUGAUCCAGCGAAAAGCAAACAGCUGAACAGUAAAAAUCGUCAACAUUCACAUGAAGAAUGCGACAUCAUCGGACAAAUGAUUGGCAAAUAUGGAAAAUAUCAGUUUUUUAUGACGUUUUUAUUAUCUCUAUUCCAAAUACCCAACACAUUUCACAUAUCGUCGCCCAUUUAUCAAGCAGCCGAUAAACGAUUUUGGUGCAAGCGGCCAGCUGAUUUGAGUCACAUCGAUCAUGAUGUAUGGCGAAAUAUCAGCCAAUCGCAAGAUAACUGCCACACAACUAAUCACAACUGGAACCACGUUUCAAAUACGCAUAUGUUGGAAGCGCUGGUUCAAAAUACAACGGAUCGCAUUAAAUGCACUGAAUGGGAAUUCGAUAUGGCGGACAAUUUGGGCAACACUUGGACGUCCGAGUGGAAUUUGGUGUGUGAUAGCGAAUAUUUGAAAAAUGUGGCCGAAAUGUUUUUUCUGGUUGGUGUUGCAACUGGUGGCAUCAUAUCAGGUUACUUAUCUGAUCGAUUCGGCAGACGAACCAUGCUUUUUUGGUCAGUGAUUUUCCAAACGAUUUUUGGAUUUGUGCUUUACAUUCCGUUGUCGUUUCGGGUGCAUUUAGCGUUACGUGGAUUACUUGGAUUGGUAUCGGUGUCGGUUACGUAUGCUGGACUAAUAUUGGCCAUUGAAUUUGUUGAUGGGAAAUGGCGAACCAUUGCUGGAAUGUACAAUCUGUUUCCACUACCAGUCUCUUAUAUGCUUAUCUCUGGCAUAGCUUAUCUUACUCAAGAUUAUCGACUUCUACAACUGUGCAUCGCUAUUCCGGGCAUUUUUCUCUGCUUCUUAUGGUUUGUGAUUCCCGAGUCGCCGAGGUGGCUGCUAUGCAAAGGUCGUACCGCCGAAGUGGCAACAAUCAUUCGAAAAGUAUGUGAGGUCAAUAAACGUGAAUGUCCACCAAAUGUGGAGAAACUGUUGAAACCGCCCCCAUCCAAUAGUGAAACGGAUGACGGAUGCAUUUCCUUGUUUGGUAAUUCGUACUUACGUUUGAUCACCAUUUGCUUUCCAUGCAUUUGGUUCACCAUGAAUCUGGUGUACUACGGUCUCAUUCUCAACAUGAAUUCGUUCGGUGGAAAUGUUUAUUUGAAUUCGGCUUUAGCUGGUCUAGUCGAAAUACCUGCAAUUGCCCUUGCCAUUUUUGUCAUCAUGUUCGUGGGCAAAAAAUGGAUUCUAUUUUCCACGAUGUUCUGCGCUGGCAUUGCUUGCUUCAUUGCAUGCAUCAUCACAUUCUUCGGGGAGCAUCCAAGCAGCGAGUGGCUGAAAAUCACUUUUUUGAUGUUGGGAAAAUUCACAAUUAGUGCAGGAAACACUGUAAUGCCAGUGUAUACAGCAGAAUUGUAUCCAACAGCAAUUCGGAAUGCCGGUGUUGGUGCAUGCAACGUGGCUGCCGGAGUGGCUUUGAUUAUUGUUCCAUACUUAUCACUUUUGAAUAAAAUCCAGUCAUACUUUUUGAUGGCUCUGGUGGCAUCGUCUAGCAUUUUGGGAAGUCUUGUUGUCAUUUUCUUGCCCGAAUCAAUGCCACACGAUGCUGCAAAACGCACUUCAAAUGCCUCUCAACAUAGUGGCGACGAACAUCAUGAAGAACGCGCCUACGUUUUUUCUGCAUAGAGAUCUGUCCAAACAUAGACUACUCCAUACUACUUGAUAUUUGUCGUAAUGCAUUUGAAUGCAUACAAUACUACAUUCUUCUUCUGAAACUGACCUUUGAUGAGAUCAGACAAACAAAGAGAGAACAAAAUAUUAAAAAUUGUUUUCGAAUUGAAAUGAAGACGAGAAAACUAUAGUUUAAUGACAUAUUUAGUGGGAACGAAAAUGAUAAAAUACAAUUGUUGAUUCAAAAUUAGAUAUUCUAUGGGAAAUCGUUUAAUCAUGUUGAACAAAAAAAAAACAUUGGUGUCUAUCUAUAGAGGAACAAAAGUAAACCGUUUGGAUAAAGAAAUGGUAUUUAAAAAGGUGUAUUAGUAGAGUAAUCCAUUAGCGAAUUUUUAGUCGGCCAAUGUAGAUGUCGAUGUUGAUGUUGAUGAAAAAGUUAUCAAACUAUAUGUGUUCUGAAUGUUACAAAGAGUAAAACCAUCUAGUGGCUCUAUAUUUCAUGUAGUGCUAGAAAAAAAUCCAAAGAUUCUGUGAAUUUGACAAUAAUUUCUUUGGGAAUCAAACCGUGAAAUUGUUGUGACACAUAUUCAUAUCAGACAAAAAUGAACAAAAGAUGCAUUUAAAACUAAACAUUGAUUUGGAAUAUACAAAAUUCUAGUGUGAAAAUAAGCCAACUUUAGUAGAAUAUAUUCUGUUAGUAUGUAAAAAAAAGAACUUUUGUUUGAAACUCGUUCCGCAUCUGAAUUGUACAAAUCCCCUCACAAAGAGUCGAUGUAACCAUUUCGCAAAGCUGGUGCAAAAGUGCAGAGAUGCAGAAAGCCACAAAUUGUUCCAUUCCAACGGAGCAUCUUUUUUCAAAGAAAGUACUCUAGACAUGGUACUCUAGAUGUGUGUCUAUGUGCUCUAGACAUGGUACAAGGGAAUUUUUGAACAACGCAGCCAAACAUAAUAAGCAGCAAUGAGAUUAUUCAUUUUAUAGGAAACAAUCAAACUAAUAAACAAAAGAAAUAGAAUUGAACGAGUUAAAUACAUAUAGCCAUACGAAUAUUACAAGAUAGUUAUUUAAAUGAAGCACUUAUUUGGCUGGUCCAAAUAAUUUGAUAUUAAAGCCAACAACAUACGAUUCGCCAUAUAAGCUAAACACACACACAAAAAAAGAAAACAAAAACAAUAGGUACAUCAACAUUUUAUAGUUAUACAGAGAUGUCAAAUAUUAAGAAAUAUCAAUGAAAAGUAAAUAUUUACCGAUAGCAACUGAUUUCAUGCUUAUUUGGAGUGGCUCACCAAUGGCCAGAAUUGUUGGUCUAAAGAUUUUUUUAGUUCUGAACUUUGGAAAGUAUCCAUAAAGGAAAAAAAAGAACUUCUGAGUGUAUCAAUACAAACAGCUUAGAUAUUGGCACACAAAAAUCCAUCAAGUUUCACCGUUUCGGUUAAGUUUUCAUUUGAUUUUUAACCAAAAUUCAAACAUUUGUAGCGAUUUAAUGUAUCUGUGUAAUAUUUGGCUUAUUUUAAGUAGUGUUGUACGAGUUUUUCAUUGUCGGACCGAUUAGAACUUGUUUAAAGUUCGAAAAUUGGAAUUUUUCAUUUUACGUAAGAUCGAUGAAACAUUUCUCGCAACGUAACGGUACUUACAACAAAAAAAAUUCAUUAUCGUAAAAUGUAAGUACAUAUUUAGAAGAGAAAAAAAAUAUAAAGCAAACACAGACAAAAAGAGAAUGUGUGUAUUUGAAUUCGUACUUAAGUGAAUAUAUCCAUAUUGUAUUGCCAUUUCUUAUAUCGCAGAAGAUGUAUUAUAUUAAUGUUUAGGCGUGAAAAAUGAUAAAGUCAAGCAUACUUUAUGCGAGAACAGCGAAGAAGAAGAAAAAACAAAGAUCAUGAAUUUGAGUAACGUGACUUUGGAUUUUAAGCAGAAAUAUUCUUCAGCAAAACAAUCAAAACUAAUAUUGCUAGCAUUUUUUUCAAAUACACCAAUUCACGUUUACCGAUAUACACAAAUAAACCGUUCAAAAGUUACAUAAACAGUAUAUAUACCUAAUAUAUCUCACUUAAUCAAUAAACAAGCAUUUUUUUAUAGUUUACAGUCAAUUGCGGGCAAACUUGACUCGAAAACACCAUACAACAACAACAACAAAAACAAUAGAAAUCAAAUAAAAGAAAAUCCAUUUAAACACAACACAACAAAACAAUACGAAACAAACUAAAAUCUAACUAAAUAAUUGUAAUCGUUAAGCUCUUUUAUCUUUAAGUAGCCAAGUUAAUGUGUAGGCAAACGCAAACAUCAAAGUCGUGACAACAAAAAUACAAUAUAUCAACAGCAACAACAACAAAAUAUGCAACAUAUUUA